UUCGUUCACUCCACUCGAAACCAACAGCAGCAUUUCACUGGUCGAUAGUGCUCUUGAUAAGGACUAAUCGACGGUGUUAGCGUGCUCAUGGAUCAGUACCCGCCGCCGCCCGUGUACCCAAGCGCGCCGGCGCCGCCCACCCCGGGGAACGGCAACCUGGAGACGGGCCACGUUGCCGUGUACCCGCCGCCCCCGCCGCCGGCGCCGGCGCGGGGCCUGCCCGUGAGCCACGGGCAGCUCGGCGGGGGCGCGCCGGGCAGGGACAGCUGCGAGGGCCAUGACCCCAGCGCGCUGCUCGUGGGUGCCACGCUGAUCACGAUGCUCGCCUUCCUGCUCGGCACCUUCAUCCCCGGCGGCUACUGGCAGCAGGACACGCCGGCGUGGAGCGGCGGCAGGCCGGUGUACCGCGCCGGCGACCCCAUCAUGCGCGACCUGCACCGGCCGAGGUACUGGGUGUUCCGGGCGGCGAGCUGGGUCGGGGUCGCGAGCUCGAUGGUGCUCACGCUGAGCCUGCUCGUGCGGAUGGCCGCGGGCUCGCGCCACGUGCGGUGGUCCUUCGCGGUGGCCUACUCCAGCCUGCUGCUCACCUUCGCGGUGUCGCAGACCAAGACGCACCUGUCGCUGGACAUCAUCGUCUGGCUCGCCGUCCUCGCCGUCUCCUGGCUCAUCACCAGCGCCAGCAUCCGCGGGGAGAACUGCGCGCGCAUCAUGAAGCUGCUCUGCUGCGGCGGCGGCGACCACAACUGAACAAAACCUCAAAAAAUUUCCUGGCUUCUUGUUGAUGCGAUGUUUGUGGCUUCUCUCAGCUAGUGAGCUCAGUGAAAAUUAUGGCCAGGAGAGAAGUUUUUUUUAUGUGGUGAAAUUUUACGUGCAAGCUGUGUGAUGUGGAUUGAAACUCUGUCCUUGCUUGAGCGAUGUACAUCAUUUAUAGAUGGAUUGGCGUGUGUAACAAAUAAAAAGAGUUCAUGGGAAUUCUCUGGUUUUGCAAUUCCUC